UAGCGCACCAAGGCCAAGCGCCUCACUGUUGCCCGAUUCGCCAUGUUCGUUCGACAGGUUAUAUGGUUGGUUUUGCUGUGCUGCAUGAUGGCUGCGCUGGCGACGCCUGAUGGUGGCGAGAGCCCGCCUUUACCUGGCCCUGGCCUUUCAUAUGGAGGAAUCCCCUAUGGCAGUAUGAGCGGCAACGUCGCCGAAUUCUACAGACAGCAAGCGGCACCUAGCGGCAGAAGCGCGUACCGCUCGCAGUUUACCAAUACGGCUGGUAUCGACUUCGCGCCGAUUGAGCAGUGGCUGCGAUAGGUGGAGCUAGUUGUUUUAGAUUAUAUUUUAGGGCACCAAAGCAAUGCAUCCUUAGGCUCACCACAGAGCCCAUACAGGCUGAAGUUAAGCAUUAAAACGGGCGGAAAACCUAUGGUUACGGAAUAUUCUACACAAAAAAUAGGUGUCUUAGACAGUAUUUCGUGACCACAAAGAUUCUGGUACUUAAUUCAGACCAUUUGGGGUGUGCCUUAGGCUGUUCAGGCGGAAUGACAUAUGCCUCACCUUUAAAAAAAUAGGCACUGUGAUAAUAAUUAUUAGUCAUGAUUUUCCAUUUCUCAUUCAUAAACAUAGUAAAAAAUAUACAAAAAAUUGCCUAAAAUGCCAAUCAAAAAUGUUACUUUAAAUUGCAGUCACUUUACGAGCUGAUUCUGAAUUUCGGUUAAAAUAUGACUAUUCAAUGUUGCCAUAUUAAUAAACAUUUUAUUGAGCCAUGAUAUAGAAAUAAGUGUAAUUAUAAAUUUAGUUUUAUUC